AUGAUGGUACCAAAUAAGUGUGAAAAUGAGAUAAUUAUUGGUGAUUUACACCAAAACACAGUGCGCGAAGCAUUUAACACACUCAUGGUUGUGCACGACUUGCACAACCAUGUCACCUUUCCCACCCACCGCUCUGGAUCAUCCCUCGAUCCAGUCGUGACCGACCUUCCCUCCGAUACCAUACAGUGUUCUUCCCUAGACUUUGUAGGCACUUCGGACCAUGUGGCAGUCCUCACAAGGAUUAGUUUCAAGAGGCCGCGUGAGGAGUGCCACACUCGAACUCUGUGGAGGUGGGAGAAGGACCGCUGGGUGCCCCACUCCACACACCAAGCCAAGGGAUCAGACCAACCCUGGUUUGGGCCAGAAUGUCGAGCUGCCUCCGACGCAAAGUACCAUGCCUGGCUCGCCUUUAAGAGGCAUCCCACAGCCUGGAACAGACAGCGACACAGGGAGGCAACCAACCACAUGAGGGCUACUCAAGGCUGGGCUUCUAACCAAUGGGUGACAGAUCUCAAGAGGAAGCUGCGGGGAAGCCGGGUGGGGUCCAAAUGUUGGUGGAGUCUUGUUAAGGAGCAACAAGGUGUGUCUAGGGGGAACACCAUUCCUCCCCUCCACCGGGAUGACGGUACAAUAGCGCAGUCUGCCCGAGAUAAAGCAAACCUCCUGGCCAAGCACUUCACUGAUAAGAUUGUGCUGAUGAGCUGGCUCGCCCACUCUCUACGAUAUUCAACCAGUGCUUACGGACCAGCAGGUGGCCAAGUAUCUGGAAAGUGGCUAGUGUUGUGCCAGUACACAAGAACAAUGAAAAAAAAAACAGUGGCUAAAAACUAUCGUCCGGUGUCCCUGCUGCCUGUGCUCAGCAAGGUGCUCGAGUCCAUAGUGGCCUCAAGAGUCACAGAGCACCUUGAGAAGCACCACCUACUGUGUGGCCGGCAGUUUGGGUUCAGGCCGGGCAGAUCGGCCGCUGACCUGCACCUGCUGCUCACCUCGGAGUGGAGUGCUGCUCUGGAUGCAGGGAAGGCCACUGCAGUUGUUGCCCUUAACAUUGAAGGGGCCUUUGAGAAGGUGUGGCAUGCAGGUCUCCUUGCAAAGCUCCGUGCAGCAGGUGUGGAUGGGCCCCUCUUGUUGCUGUUUGGUGAUUACUUGAGAGAGAAGAAUCUCAAAGUGGUCAUUGAUGGCCAGGAGUCUGAACAGCAUGCAGUAAGAUCAGGUGUUCCUCAGGGAAGCUGUCUCGGCUCCCUGCUCUGGAACAUCUGCAUAAACGACCUCCUGCACUUAAUCCCCAGUGUACGAGAUUAUGCUGAUGACCUCACGCUGGCUCAGAGCUACAGCCCAGGGGAGGAGACUGACACGGCCGACCACAUGAACGUCACCCUGAACCGCAUUGUGUCGUGGGGCAGCAAGUGGCAAGUAAAAUUUGUCCCAAACAAAACACAAAUGUCAAUCAUCUCAAGGUCGAGGACGCCCCUCCAACUCAGCCUUGAGGGGCAAGCUAUACGGCGGCAAGACGAGAUGGAUGUACUGGGGGUCACAUAUGACUCCGCGCUGACCUUCAGGCACCACAUAGAGCGUCUAGCCAGGGAGGCCUCGGGUUAG